AUGCAGGAGCACAUUCGCCGGGCUCACCCGGAGCAUUACAUUCCUAAGCUUCCUGCCACAGAAGAAAGCUUCCUGCUCAUGAUCAACUCUCCGCCCUCGGAACAUCGAGCUGACCAAGCUCCUACUUCAACUCCACAGAGUGCCCAUGACCGACGAAAUUACUACCGCGAUGGCUCUAGCAACCCCGGUACCCCUCGCCACAGUGAUGAAUAUACGACGAGCGGCGGUGGCUCAAUGCUUGGGGCUGCAAAUGCCGCAGCAGCUCUAGCAGAACUGCAUGGCGUUAAGUCGGAGAGAGAUGUGGAAGUGGAUGGCUACUAUUCAGAUUCCGAUGGCCGCCGCAUUCCUCGGACAUCGAUUGAACUGCCCCCGCUGCAUUUGUCUAAUAACGAUGUUACGAGCGAUCCGUAUACGUCCAAUGUAAAUCGACAGCGAGAAAUCCUUCCGUCGCUGCUUGCAAACUCGCCUCCAGGCCGAUCUUCCACCCUCCCUCCUCUGCAGAGGCCAUUAGGCCCCAAUCGCCCACGAAAGCAAUCAAUAACGAAGCGUGGACGCGAAUCCAAUCACAAAAAGAAGAGCUCGCGCGGAUCUGCUGCUGAUUGGAUUCGGCGCUUCCAAAACGAAGAUCGAUUCAGACCUGCCAACGACCGCAAAGCCUUGUCGGCAGAGCCAUCGGCGGACUUUGGUAAACGAUGGGAGGAUCUGAUCGACGCUGCGGACCAAGCUGCAUCUGCUGCCGGUGACUUGGAGGAAGAUCGCACUCCAGUACCGCAGUCUCCAGUAUCAAUUCAUCGAGCGUCCUUGCCACCAUUCUCUCACCAAUUUCAACCUGGGAGCUACCAAGCAUCCCCAUUGCAGCAAGCUCUGACACCGCCCUCGUAUAAUCAAGAUAGUAUCGAUCCCUUUCCGUCCGUCGAGAGUGGCGAGAGCGGCGAGAAUUUCCACAUCGGAUCCCGUGGUCUGAACGAUUCAUCGCCCACCUACUCGUCGCAGAACACGCAGAUUUACUGUGCAGCUUGCCAAAAUGCGUCGCUGCUUAAGAGCUCCUACGCCUGUACCGAAUGCAUUUGUGGCUUAUGUUCAGCAUGUGUUGAGGUGCUCAUGGCAGAACUUGGAGCCCGGAGGAAGUGCCCACGCUGUGCUACCAUCGGCGGCCGGUUCAAGCCUUUCCAGCUCGACAUCAGAUGA